CCUCGCGUCUUCGGGCUUUGUCGUCUACCUCCGUGGCUAGUUGUUGCUCGUCUGAGGUCUGAGCGAUGAUUGACAAUAAUGGCGACGCGUUCAUUCUGAGUUGACUCCAGGGAACCAUCUCUGGCUGACAAAGGGAAUAUAUUGGAUGGAUCGUCAGUGCCAUACACAGCAACACUAAGGAUCAACAAUCAAAAAAAGGACUACAUUUCCCUCAACGAGAAGGACUUGCUAGCCAGGAGAGGUUUAUCUUGCUAGCAUUGCGAUAGCUAGCAACUCGGUUCGCUAGCUUGCUAAGUUGAAGAGGUGGUAUUCUUGUGUGUGGAGUGGAGGAGAGGGACAGGGGGUUUGCUGAGUACUGAGAUUUGUCUUAGCUGGCAAUGUGGCUUUUUAAUAGGCUUUUGUAGUAAUUAGUUUCUUAUUCUCAGAGGCAACACUGGCUCACAGUUAACGUUAGCUUGUGGGAGUAGUUUAGUAGUCCAGUAGCCUUCUUAGGUAGCUAACUUAGCUACUUAGCUAGCUGGCUAGCUUUGUGGAUUGUUCCAGUCUCUUUCCUGUUAGGACUUGCUCCCACUUGGCGUCUGGAGACUGUCCACCAGCGCACCGAUAGCUGGCUAGCAGAGACUGCUAGCUCGCUAACUUGUAAGAUUUGCUGGGGCAUUGCGAGACCUUUUUGUAAAUGACCACCGGCAGGAAUAACCGGGCGAUGAUGGAAGGAGUUGGAGCGAGAGUGGUCCGAGGACCCGACUGGAAGUGGGGGAAGCAGGAUGGUGGAGAGGGACAUGUUGGCACCGUCAGGAGUUUUGAAAGUCCAGAAGAGGUGGUUGUCGUCUGGGAUAAUGGGACCGCUGCUAACUACCGUUGCUCUGGAGCAUACGAUGUGAGGAUAUUAGACAGUGCACCAACAGGCAUCAAGCAUGAUGGAACCAUGUGUGACACCUGCCGUCAACAGCCCAUCAUUGGUAUUCGCUGGAAAUGUGCUGAGUGCACCAAUUACGACCUCUGCACAACCUGUUACCAUGGAGACAAGCAUCACCUGAGACACCGGUUCUACAGGAUCACCACCCCAGGCAGUGAGAGAGUACUGCUGGAGUCGCGUCGCAAGUCAAAGAAAAUCACAGCCAGAGGGAUCUUCACUGGUGGCCGGGUGGUGAGAGGAGUGGACUGGCAGUGGGAGGACCAGGAUGGAGGCAACGGGAGAAGAGGAAAGGUGACAGAGAUCCAGGACUGGAGUGCAGCCAGCCCUCACAGCGCUGCCUACGUACUGUGGGACAAUGGGGCCAAGAACCUGUACAGAGUUGGCUUUGAGGGAAUGUCGGAUCUGAAAUGCGUCCAGGAUGCCAAAGGAGGCUCGUUUUACAGAGACCACUGUCCUGUUUUAGGUGAGCAGAAUGGCAAUAGAAAUCCUGGUGGUCUACAGAUUGGAGACCUGGUCAACAUUGACUUAGACCUAGAGAUUGUCCAGUCCCUCCAACACGGCCACGGUGGGUGGACCGACGGCAUGUUCGAGACCCUCACCACCACCGGCACAGUAUGCGGCAUCGAUGAGGAUCACGACAUUGUGGUUCAGUACCCCAGCGGGAACAGAUGGACCUUCAAUCCAGCGGUGCUGACAAAGGCCAACGUAGUGCGCAGCGGUGAAGUUGCAGCCGGGGCAGAGGGAGGCAGUUCCCAGUUCCUGGUGGGAGACCUGGUCCAGAUUUGCUAUGACAUUGACCGCAUCAAGCUGCUUCAGAGAGGACAUGGAGAGUGGGCUGAGGCCAUGCUGCCUACUUUAGGCAAGGUGGGGCGUGUGCAGCAGAUCUACUCCGACAGUGACCUGAAGGUCGAGGUCUGUGGAACUUCUUGGACGUACAAUCCUGCUGCUGUCACCAAGAUCGCCCCCUCUGGCUCUGCUGUCAGCAACGCCUCUGGAGAGCGUCUGUCUCAGUUGCUGAAGAAACUGUUUGAGACACAAGAGUCUGGAGACAUCAACGAGGAGCUGGUCAAGGCAGCAGCCAACGGUGACCUGGCCAAGGUGGAGGACAUUCUUAAGAGACCAGAUGUGGACGUGAACGGACAGUGUGCUGGACACACUGCUAUGCAGGCAGCCAGUCAGAAUGGUCACGUGGAUGUCCUAAAACUGCUGCUUAAACACAAUGUGGACUUGGAGGCUGAGGACAAAGAUGGAGAUCGGGCGGUGCACCACGCAGCCUUUGGUGAUGAAGGCUCUGUCAUUGAGGUGCUGCAGAGAGGCGGAGCUGACUUGAACGCAAGGAACAAGCGAAGGCAGACUCCGUUGCACAUAGCUGUCAACAAAGGCCACCUGCAGGUGGUCAAAACCCUGCUGGACUUUGGCUGCCACCCCAGCCUCCAGGAUUCAGAGGGUGACACACCCCUGCAUGAUGCCAUAAGCAAGAAGAGAGACGACAUGCUGUCAGUGCUGCUGGAAGCCGGUGCUGACGUCACCAUCACCAACAAUAACGGGUUCAACGCCUUGCAUCACGCUGCCCUGCGAGGAAACCCCAGUGCCAUGCGUGUGCUGCUAUCCAAACUGCCGAGGCCUUGGAUCGUGGACGAGAAGAAGGACGACGGUUACACCGCACUGCACCUGGCUGCCCUCAACAACCAUGUGGAGGUGGCUGAGCUGCUGGUGCACCAGGGCAACGCCAGCUUAGACAUCCAGAAUGUCAACCAGCAGACGGCCUUACACCUGGCAGUGGAGCGCCAGCACACCCAGAUAGUCCGGCUGUUGGUGCGGGCAGAGGCCAAGCUCGACGUGCAGGACAAGGACGGGGACACACCACUUCACGAGGCACUGCGUCACCACACACUGUCCCAAUUGCGACAACUCCAAGAUAUGCAGGAUGUCAGCAAAGUGGAGCCCUGGGAACCCUCUAAGAACACAUUAAUCAUGGGCUUGGGCACCCAGGGGGCAGAGAAGAAGAGCGCGGCAUCCAUCGCCUGCUUCCUGGCGGCUAACGGAGCGGACCUGACCAUUCGUAACAAGAAGGGCCAGUCCCCUCUGGACCUGUGUCCCGACCCCAGCCUCUGCAAGGCUCUGGCCAAAUGUCACAAAGAAAAGAGCAGCGGCCAGGUGGGCACCCGCAGCCCGUCUCUGAACAGCAACAUCGAGUCGCUGGAGGAGUGUAUGGUGUGCUCAGACAUGAAGAGAGACACUCUGUUCGGGCCCUGCGGACACAUCGCCACCUGCUCCCUCUGCUCGCCACGCGUCAAGAAGUGUCUCAUCUGUAAGGAUCAGGUCCAGUCGAGAACCAAGAUCGAGGAGUGCGUAGUCUGCUCUGAUAAAAAGGCAGCCGUGUUGUUCCAGCCCUGUGGCCACAUGUGCGCUUGUGAGAACUGUGCCAGCCUCAUGAAGAAGUGCGUACAGUGCCGGGCUGUGGUGGAACGCCGCACCCCCUUCGUUCUUUGCUGUGGAGGGAAAGGUAUGGAGGAUGAUGCCGCUGAUGAUGAUGAUGAUGAUGAUGAUGACCUUACAGGGAGCUCUAACACUAUGGCAGGGGGAUCGCAGGAUCUUCUCCAGCCCAACAAUCUGGCACUAAGUUGGUCCAGCGGAAACAUCCCAGCCCUGCAGAGAGACAAGGACAACACUAACGUCAACGCCGAUGUACAGAAGCUACAGCAGCAACUCCAAGACAUCAAGGAACAGACCAUGUGUCCGGUGUGUCUGGACCGUCUGAAGAACAUGAUCUUCAUGUGCGGCCACGGCACCUGCCAGCUGUGCGGGGACCGAAUGAGCGAGUGCCCCAUCUGCCGCAAGGCCAUCGAGCGCCGCAUCCUCCUCUACUAGAUCCCCCAUCUACCCAUCACACACACACACCCUCCCCCUCCACCCCUGCAGACUCACGCUUCUCUUAAAAGUUCCCAACGACCACGCCCGCCAAAAACGCCACGACCGCACCAGCUGCUGCUGACGCCGAUGUCCGACCAUCCUCGCGGCGCCCGAGUCAGCCGGCCAAGGGCGUCCUCAAAUGUCUUAUUCUACAUGACAAAUGCUUUCUUAAUGGUCUGACUGUGUUCACGUGGAAUUUCUGUUACAAAACAAGGAAAAAAAAACAUGAGUUGACUCUUAUCAGGUCUGCUGUCGUGUCGCCAUGUUUCCUAAAAGCAACUGGAAAGAUGUUUGUUUCAUGGACGUCACCCUGUUUUUUUCUUUUUUUCCUCAUUGUGUCACUCUUUUCCUCUCUUUCUUAGCAUCCUCUCCUCUUCCCCUUAAUAUGUGAAACUUCUUUUCUCUCUUUGAGUCUGUGGUGGCACCUUCAGACCUCACCUGUCUGUGGAUAUGAACUUAAGGGGUCAGUCCCGUGUCUGGACUUCACCCCUGGAACAGCUCUCAGUUAUGGAGGAGGUGAGGUCGGUCCGUUACCUUUUCGAUGUAAAGUUCUCAUGCAUCUGUCGCCGUCAACGCCAGCUGCAAAUCAAGUUUUAUUGUAUUUGUAAAUCUUUAUGCAAGUGUAUUGGUAUCGGAAGCUCCUAACGUGGAUUUUAAGUACUUACAUUUUCAUUACAGUAUGGCAAGUUUGUUACACAUUACAUGUUUGCACCAUUUAAAGGUUCAGUGCACAUUUUUUUUAGCUUAAUGUCUCUGUGCAGUUUGGCUGUCGUGGCGUGCCAUACGCUGACUGUGAUCACGGUCGAAAGAGCAGAUGUUGGCAGUUUUGCACUACAAAAAGCUGAGUCAGGGUAAAAACUUUUUUUUUUUUUUCUCCACGCUUAAACUUCAGAGGUCCGCUUCAGCUCGGUGUGAUGAAACACAGAUAGAGUAGUCUCGACUGCCAGGUAGCACGGCCACGCCUGUACUUUGUUUACCAAGCUGUACCAAGAACGACGGCCCGGGAGUUGCGACACCCUUUUUUUCUUUUUUUUUUGGCUGCAGAUUCGAGAGCCUGCUGUGUAGGGAUUCAAGGAUUCAAGACAAACACAAACACACACACACUUAACUCAGCUUCUGUCCAGUGAUCAGCCCCCCCCCCCCGUACCUGUUUGCUGUACACACAAAACCCUCACGAUGCAAACAUUUCUGUAGCAAAAGUCUCCUGUCACAACUGUUUUAAGACUUGGUGGUAUUGUCUGACAAAAAAAAAAGUACAAUUCAAUGAGCAUUGCUAAUUUACCAUUGAUGACUGUGUGCCAUUUGCUUCCAAAAAAAUCUACUGGUUAAAUAACUUGUAUGGGGAUAAGGUGCUCUUUAUCUUGUAUUACUUUCUUCUUUUUUAUUUAAGUGUAUUUCCUUUUCUCAAAAUCAACAUUUAUUGAGCUAGAGAGUACAAUCUAUUAGAACACUAAGAUGAAAAUGUAGAAUAAAUUAUUUUGUAUUGCUGCCCAAAAAAUAGGAUUUAUAGGUAUCACUGCCUUCCUAAUAUGUAGCCUCAAAAUCUCUCAAAACAUUCUGCUUUGAUAUUAAUGUUGAGAUACGUUUGUGAUGUUUAUUUUCUUGUUUGUUUGUUUGCUUUUUGUUGGCUGUAGCUUUCUAGAUAGAAAGAUAGAAGCAUUUUCUCCUCUGAAAUAGGUCUCUGUAAGCCUAACAUUGUUUGUGUGAAAUGGAAAAAAAAGACAUUUUGUUGUCAAAAGUGUCAAGUAUCUUUUCACCAGUGUUUUAUUUGGGAGGAAAGCUAAUGAUUUAUUUUUUUUUAAGACAGAACUUGCCUUACCUCUUUUAAAAGGCAGUUGCCCAUGUGGAGACUCGGCAAGGUGGCUAGCUUGCUCCGCUAUGUGGGAAUUUGCAACCGCAUACAAGCAUUUUAUUUUUUGUUCUCUUUUUAAGACUGAAAGCAACUUUUUUUUUGAGUACAGUUUCAAUUCUUUUCACUGUUCAUGAUAACACUUUAAGCUAGACGCACUAAUUCGCUUUAUGGUAGUGUUGUUAUGAAAAAGCCUAUUUUGUACUUUAUUUUCAAUACCUGUAAUUGUCCUGUUGGAAAAUGUAUCGGUAGUAUUUUCUUUGGCAUGAAUGUUUGACAUAUGCAGUACGACAUGUAUCAUGAAAACCGUUCAGUCUGUAUUGCUAAUAAGUGCUUUUAAAACAACCAUAUAGAUGAAAUAAAGUUCUAAAUGAACCAUGG